AUGCGGUCUCUCACCGAUGAGGAGACGAAGAAGCUCUUCGACAAGCUUGCACAGUAUAUCGGGGCAAAUACAACACAUUUGCUGGAGCGAAAAGGAGAGGAGGAGCACGUAUUUCGCCUCCACAAGAAUCGUAUUUGGUACAUGCCUCUGCGCCUCGCAAAGCUUGCUAGCUGUGUCUCCAAGACUAAUCUAAUGGGCAUUGGCGUUUUGUUCGCCAAGGUGACUCACAAUGGAAACGUACGCAUUCAGGUAACCGCGCUCGAGUACAUCGCACAGUACUCACUCUUCAAGAUUUGGGUGAAACCGAACCAGGAGCAGCGGUUCCUGUAUGGUGGAAACGUUAGUCGCGCAGGUCUUGGCCGUAUCACCGAGUCGACACCGAAGUACCAAAAGGUCGCCGUCUUUUCAAUGGGCGACAUCCCCUUGGGUUUUGGUGUCGCAGCCCAAAGCACGCUGGAGUGCCGAAAGUGCGAAAUGAACACACAGGUACUUUUUCAUGAGGCUGAUGUUGGUGAGUACCUGCGUGAUGAGGCUCGCAUGACAUAG